GUGAAUAGUCGUUCGGCGAGUUUCGCGUCAGUUUACUAUUAUAGUGAAUGGUGUUCCUGCGUUAGUGUACGUGAUUUGGUUGUUUAGUUUCUGUGCACUAAACUGGUGAUCUGUUUUUCUUGCCUGUGAAAAUUUCGUUGCCUGCAAAAUGCAGUAUCGUUGUUGUGUGCCGAAUUGUAGAGGAAAUUACGACGGUGGACCAAAAGUAACCGUGUUUAAAUUUCCGGAGGAUGAAGCAACGAGGAAGAAAUGGUUGUCAAGUAGUCGCAGAGAUAACUUCACUCCUUCUUCAAGUUCAAGAGUAUGUCGUGUUCACUUCCACAAGGAUGAUGUUAUUUGGGAAACACAAAUUGUGGAUGAAAGGACUGGUCAGUUAUUAAGAGCCCCCCUUCUCAAACCACGUUUGAGACCAGAUGCAGUUCCAUCACUACUCCCAAACUGUCCUUCCUACCUUUCAAAGGAAGAAAGUAGAUGUGAAGGGCCAGAGGAGAAAAAGCAAAGGCUUGAAAAUGAGCAGUUAGCUGCAGCGUUACAAUAUAGUUUAGCAUCACAGGAGGACUAUGAAAACACUUUCAGCUUCAGUUCUUUAGAAGAGUUGAUGUUGCAUAUGAAGGAAGUGGAUUUGCCCAACGAGUGGAGUGUGAUCGAAAAACACUGUGAUUUUGUUUGUUUUUUAAAGAUAAUAAGAAAUCCAGCACCAUUAAUCACACAUUCUGUCGUUAUAGAUAGUAAUUUAAAUGUUCCAUUGUUUAAGAAAGAUGUACAAAUUAAGACAUUAGGAAAAAGAUCUUUUCCUGUAAUUGUAACCAAUAUCCAUGAAAUUGUCAGUGUACUGCAGGAGUUUUCAGACACAGAUUGUGGGCACUCAGAAACUUCUAUAGAUAGUAUUGUAGAGAUAGUGAAAGACAGUCUAGGAGUGCUGAAAGACAGUUUACAGGAGAGUGAAAAGGAGAUGGUAGACUUUAUAUAUGAACAAGUUAGUCUCAUAAAUGUAAAGAAAUUUAAUCAUAGGUUUAGUUCUACAUUUAUGAUACUGUGUUGUUUGCUAUUUUCAGUUUCAUCUCAUGCUUACAAUUUUUUACGUAGCAGCUCAUUAAUGAAAAUGCAACAUCCAAGCACUCUGCGUAGGAUCUGCAGCAAAUUUAAUGUGAAUCCGUCUCACGAAAGGCUUGGGGGAAGUAAUUUCCUGUCCUAUGCAAGACAGAAAUUUCAAUACUUGAACAGCGAUGAUGUCAAUGUUGUUUUGAGUGUAGAUGAAAUUCAUCUAAAUUCUUAUUUGGAAUAUAAAGGAGGUACUGUUUUGGGCAUGUCAUAUAACUCUGAAUGUGCUGCAAAUUCAGCAUUUGUAUUUAUGUUGCAGAGUGUCAAGUCUUUGUGUAGGGAUGUUGUUCACAUUUUACCGGUGAAAACCAUUUCAUCUAAUGCAUUAUACGAUGUGCUACUGGCCAUAAUAAAUGGCCUUGAACUAAGAGGCUAUAGGGUUUUUUGUGUGGUAACUGACAACAACAAAAUAAAUAGCAAAACCAUGUCAAUGUUUUCUCUGGAUAAAGCUGUUAAUAUAGUUUUUAAACAUUCAUCUGAUCCUAAUCGCCCACUUUUCUUUUUAAUUGAUGCCAUACACAUUGUUAAAUGCAUAAGAAAUGUGUGGCUGAACCAAAAAAAUGAUGGUAAAGAUAUGUUUUAUCCUCAGUUUCCAGUUAGAAAAGAAGUGGAAGAAAAUAAGUUUUCUGUAGCUUCUUUUAAAACACUGAAACAGAUUUAUGACAUAGAUUCCAGUUCUUUAGUAAAAUAUUGUCACACAUUGUCUCUCAAAUCACUUUGCCCUACAUCAUUAGAAAAACAGAGCAUCAAACUAGUGCUGCAGAUACUCAAUCGACAUGUGUCAGAGGGCCUUGAGGUAGCUAGUGAUAAAUUUGAUUUGAGACAUGCACCAUCAACAGCAGAAUACAUUUGAAUAAUAACAAAAUGGUUUGAUGUCAUGAAUGUGAAAUCAGUGUUUAAAGGGAAACACAAACAGAAUCCUUAUAUGGAUCC